UGUCCUCCCUUACAGCCCGCCCCUCCCUUACCGUUGCAGCCCCGCCUCUCCGGCCCAGACCGGAAAUGAGGUCAGAGAGGGAAACCCGGGCUAAGAGCUUCGGCCCCGAAGGCGGCGCCGGGUGCGAGCGGCUGCGGCGGCCGAUGUGGCCUCAUGGAUGAGCUGGUACAUGACUUAGCCUCAGCCUUGGAGCAGACAUCUGAGCAGAGUAAGCUUGGUGAGCUGUGGGAGGAGAUGGCCCUGAGCCCCAGGCAGCAGAGGCGACAGCUUCGGAAGCGCAGAGGCCGGAAGCGCAGGUCUGACUUUUCUCACCUGGCGGAGCAUGCUUGCUGCUUCAGCGAACCCUCAGAGUCGAGUCUGGACGAGGCCACCAAGGACUGUCGAGAAGUGGCUCCGCUCCCCACUUUCAGUGACUCUGAUGACACAAUGGUGACCAAACGGCACCCAGCUCUCAGUGCCAUCAUUAGGAGUAAGCAACAUUCUUGGCAUGAAUCUGAUUCCUUUACGGAAAAUGCACCUUGCCGACCACUCAGGCGCCGGCGGAAGGUGAAGAGAGUGACAUCAGAGGUGGCUGCCAGCCUUCAGCAGAAGCUGAAGGUGUCUGAUUGGAGCUAUGAGAGAGGCUGCAGGUUCAAGUCUGCCAAGAAGCAGCGUUUGUCCCGCUGGAAGGAGAACACUCCCUGGACCUCAUCAAGCCAUGGGCUGUGUGAAGCAGCAGAAAAUAGGACUUUCCUAAGCAAAACAGGAAGGAAAGAAAGGAUGGAGUGUGAAGCCGAGGAACAGAAGCAGGGCUCUGAUGAGAACAUGUCAGAAUGCGAAACUAGCAGUGUAUGCAGCAGCAGCGACACAGGGCUUUUCACCAAUGAUGAAGGACGGCAAGGGGACGAUGAGCAAAGUGAUUGGUUUUAUGAAGGAGAAUGUGUCCCCGGAUUCACUGUCCAUAACCUUCUGCCCAAGUGGGCUCCUGAUCACUGCACUGAAGCAGAAAGAAUGGACUCUGGACUGGAUAAACUCUCAGAUCCCACAUUCCUUUUACCUUCCCGGCCAGCUCAAAGAGGAUACCAUGCUCGUCUGAAUCGGUUGCCAGGAGCUGCAGCUCGGUGCCUCAGGAAGGGGCGGAGAAGGCUGGCUGGGAAGGAGACCAGCAUAAGCAGUCUAGGAACUGAGAGGAUAAGCCAUAUCAUCAGUGACCCCAGGCAGAAAGAUUUAAUCCUCUCUCUCCUCUUUACUCCCUGGAUGUUCUUGCUGACGCUUCUCAUCGAAGGUGUUCCCCUGCACACUGCUCUGCCAGAGCACAAAGAGUCUGAUAAUCAUGCCUGGGCUCUGAAGGUUCCCUCCUGUCAGGGAUCUGAGCUGAGCUACUUCCUUGCUGGACACUGCUGGCUACACUCUGCUCGACUUCAGCAUCUGAACAUGACCACCUCAAAAAGCACAUACAGCUUGGGACUUCAGAAUAAGCUGAGGCCACUGGGGUAUGGCAGGCAAAGGUACACUGGGGACCACCCUGUUCACAUGACAUUAAGAGGAAACGGAAACCUGUGGCCUCAGCAUCUUUAUCUAGCUCUAGUACAGUGCACCCAGAUGUGCUGGAGCCAGCCACCCCACCCCAGAAGCCUCCCCACUCCGAGUGCUUGGACAGGACCUCUGCAGCAGAGAAAGCCACUGCCUCCGCUCCUGCCACGUUUUUCAAGAUGCCACAUGAAAAGAGUUCUGGAUGCAGCUAGAGCCCAGUAGCUGAUGGGUGUUGAAACUGUAUUGUACAGUCUUGGUGUCCUAAUUGACAUUCCUGGUCCUUGCACUACCAGGACCAACUCCUCUUCACAUGCAGCAGAGACUCUUUCUUUUGGAAAAAGAUAUUUGGGGAAUCUUUUUUUUUUUUUUUUAUAAAGUAUCAGGGCGCGGUUUUCUUUAAAGGGGGUGGGGCAUCUUCUGCUGUAUUCCUUACUUUGUUGUUAGCCCUCUGUUUACCUCCAGCUGCCUUCCUAGAGCUGUUGCUCCUUGGCAGCUGUGUCUUUGUUCCUGGAAAACUAGUAACAGCUUUUGCAUACCUUCUGUGUAGAGCUUUUAAUAUCACUGAUGAAGUCCCAAAUUCACAGCCAAUUCCAGACACGUUCCUGGAUGGAAUUGUGUCUAUGCAGCACCGCUUGCCAUCGAGCCUUUAUUCACUCUGUGCCAGUGAGAUACACCAAACAAGUUCUCAGUUUGGGGCCUCAAUGGAGACACCUGCAGGACAGGUUGGGACUUCUUCCACUUGGCCUGCACUUGGACUGAGGGGAUCACCAGCAGCUGCAUUGUACUUGACCUCAUCCUCAUGGCCUGUGUUCUGCUCACAGGGUGUGUUUAAGCAUGGAGGUUGGUACACUCAAAUGCAGGUGGUGGUUUAGGUGCACAGCAAAAUAGUCAGUGGAUAGUGUUUGCGCUAGCAUUUCUGAUCCUGGUCUAAGGCUUGUAUCCUGAGUGGGACUUAACUAUUAGUGUUCUAUAGCUCAGUAGCCAGUGAUGAAUAGGGACUCAUGCUCUGUUAUCUGUUACAGUAAUGACUGCUUGGGGCCAUGCUUUGGGAAGGAAAAAUGUCUUUUUGACAUGCCUCUAUGUGGCAUGUUUAUGACUGCUCAGCCGCAUGUAGAGUUGUAUAUACGGUUGUACCUGAAGUCCGAUGUCACUUUGUCACAGUGAGGAAUAUGUGACUGCCUGGAGCUGCUGGGGAAAGCCACAUUUCCCCAAAGUAUUAUCAAGAGCACCCUGUCAAGCAGACCUCUGUGUCAGCCUAGUGCUUUUACUCUGAAAUACACAGGAGCUGUUUGUGAAAUGCUCACUGCUUUAGUCACAUGGGACAGAACACAUCUCCCUUAGGUGCCUCUUCUUCCCACAGUGUAAUUGUCCCUUCCACACAGUGUGAGUAAUGUGACGUGGCAGUGGGUGAGUCUGUUUGGAAAGGGAACAUGAGGCUGUCUCUUGUAGAUUCUGUGGAAGGCUGAGAAUGUGCAGCUGACCAUAAGAGAGUGGUGGAGGGAGGUGCAGAGAGAGUUCAUACAAUGGGAGGGCAACACCAAAGCCUCCAGUCCCCAGAGUCGCCCUGGUUCUUACAGGGAAGGACUGCCCUAAUGGGUGUCACAGCUGCCUCCACAGAAGAUAGGGAAUGUGGCUCAGAGAUGAGAGUGGGCCGUGUCUUGCAUUCUUACCUAGUUCCUGCAGUGACAUAUGGAACACAUUUCUAACUUUCUGGGUUGGGCUAAGGGAGAGAUCUACUGAUGACACUUUUAAAAUGUUUCCAAACUGGUUCAUGAACAUGUUGACCCUGAUGAUGGCUUGUUAGACCUCCACAGUUAGGUGCAAACACAUUCCUGUAGCUCUCCUUUGUGGUACAUUGCUAGGUCAUCCUCCUCCUACCUGGGAUUUAAAGUAGUUUAUAGAUGCAUAUUUAUUUACACUUUAAAUAUCUCUCUGAAGCCAUGCUAAUUUUCAGAUGUGAAGGCAGACUUGCAUACUGUACUCAGGCACGUGAGUCAGCCUAAACAAACUAUAGACUUUCAUGCUAUUCUGCCAUGGGUUAUAUAAUCUGUUGUUUCUCGUUGGUCUCCCUAGGCCAAUGUGUAUGAAGCUUUUUCAUGGAUGUUUAUCAUCUUUCUUGGUCAUGCAUUUCUACACAUUUCUGAACACUUUUGAUAGGGAUUACCCAAAAUUGUAGUAUCUUCUUAUAAUGAAUGGGAAUAAAGUUAUUUACAUGAGAAAAUAGAAUAUUAAGUGCACAAAUACUUUCUGAUAUGGUGUUGUAAAUUACGCUCAUUUUAAGGUGUAAAUGCAUGCUUAGGGAAGUCUUUAUUCUGCUGUUUCUCUGUCAACCAGCUUCAGGGGCUAACUUUGGUAUCAGCUAUAUUUUAAACCUUACAUUUAAGAAUUUUUAUGACACAGUAGAUAAUGUCAUAAAUUAAGAUCUGCUUCUUAAGGAAAGAUGCGGUUUUGUUGUCAGUAUUGAAAAUGACCAGACAGACCUUGAAGAUGACAUUGAUUGCACUCGUGCAUUGGAUAUCAGGAAUUAAUGGAGUCAGGUGUCACAGCUCUGACUUCUAGGCUCUGAUAUAUCCUUAUGGACUACACAGAUGUUUCUCUUAAUUUCACUGUUGUAUUUUUUCUAUAACAGACAAAGGUCAUAUUACCUACUUGAAUGACGUCCAUUCACAAGUCGUUAGCUUUGCUGAGGAGUUUGAGGAGACUUGAGAUUAUUUUUCACAUGCAGCAUUUAAAGGAAGAGCUUCAUUUGUAUCGAACCCCUGGGUAGCUCUUGGGUUAGAACUGAUGAGAAGAGGAAUUCAGUGCUGUUUAUGUGGUGCUACAUUUGGAGAGACAGAAUACAGUUUUUCUGAGUGGCACGUGGUUGGCCCUUGAAUUCUUUAGAAAUCAGUUGCAAUGAGAUUUUAGAUGGUAUUAGCUCUUAAACAAGGCAGUUCUCACAGCAGAUGACCCAAAGUAAAUAAAGUGUCUCAAUCUGU